CUCCGCGUGCGUCAUGCGCUCUCUGCCGCAAAGCAUUGUGGGACGCGUGUCUCUUCCUUUCCGGCUCUGGGCGCCGUCGGGUAAGUCAUAAUGGGUGCCUACAAGUAUAUCCAAGAACUAUGGCGGAAGAAGCAGUCCGAUGUGAUGCGUUUCCUUUUGCGUGUCCGCUGUUGGCAGUAUCGCCAACUGUCUGCUCUUCAUCGAGCUCCUCGUCCCACCAGACCAGACAAAGCUCGGAGACUGGGAUAUAAAGCUAAGCAAGGUUACGUCAUCUACCGUAUCCGUGUUCGUCGUGGUGGCCGUAAGCGUCCAGUUCCUAAGGGUGCUACUUAUGGUAAACCCGUGCAUCAUGGUGUUAACCAGCUGAAAUUUGCCCGGAGCCUACAAUCUGUAGCAGAGGAACGUGCUGGCCGCCACUGUGGAGCCCUAAGAGUACUCAAUUCUUACUGGGUGGGAGAAGAUUCCACAUACAAGUUCUUCGAAGUCAUCUUGGUCGACCCUUUCCACAAGGCUAUCAGACGCAACCCAGACACCCAAUGGAUCACCAUGCCAGUCCACAAACACAGAGAGAUGCGUGGCUUGACCUCUGCUGGCAGGAAGAGCCGCGGCCUUGGCAAGGGUCACAAGUUCCAUCACACAAUUGGUGGCUCACGCCGUGCUGCUUGGAGACGGCGCAACACCUUGCAGCUUCACCGUUACCGCUGAUUUUUUUGCUUAUAAAUUUCUCGUUAUAAUAAAGUCAGCUAGAGGCUUUGGA